GGCGCCAAGAAGAGUUGUGGCGCUCCGGGAUUGGCUUGUAUGCUUUAACUUUUGACUGAAAUAGACAGCCAGUCCAUUGUUCUCCUGUGAGAGAUGGAUCGAAUCUUGAAUAGCAAGACGCGGCAGAGGGGUGGCGAGCAAGAAGUUGGCGAAACUGUGCACGUGACACCUCCCACAGAUCCACCGGCGGAGAUGUACCUGCCCCAGGAGGACGAUCAAGAGCCCUCGGAGCAAGAACGGUUGGCGGUUGUCGAGCGUAGGGGACGCAGAGUGAGCAAAGCCCAGCUCAAAGAGUUUCGCGACGCCUUUCGUCUCUUUGACAAAGACGGCGACGGCAGCAUCACGCAGGAGGAGCUGGGCCGCGUGAUGAGGUCGCUCGGGCAGUUUGCGUGCGAGAGGGAGCUGCAACAAAUGCUCAGAGAGGUCGACAUCAAUGGCGACGGCAAGUUCAGCUUUGACGAGUUUGUUGAAAUCGUUUCAAAUAUGAAUGACCAAGAAGAUGUGGGAACACCAACAAAAGACCAAGAGGAAAAAGAGCUGCGAGAUGCCUUUAGGGUGUUUGACAAGCACAACAGAGGGUACAUUAGUGCUUCAGAUCUGCGAGCAGUUUUGCAAUGUUUGGGAGAGGAUCUGAGUGAGGAAGAAAUCGAGGACAUGAUCAAAGAGGUAGACGUAGAUGGUGACGGAAGAAUUGAUUUUUAUGAGUUUGUGCAUGCACUUGGAGAACCAGGAGAGGAUGAUGACGAGGACGAUGAUGACCUUGGUGUCAACGACUUCUAGAUAAACCGAAACAAAUCAAGGCUUCUUUCUCAUAUAUUACACUACAAUCUAUCCCUCUGCCGCCGGAUCAAAGGCCACUCUGGUCGAUCUUUAUGCAAAAAAUCAAACAUAUUGCGCCACAUUCUUUGUGAUUUUAGUUUAUUUCUUAUCUCAACCAAGGUGGAUUGAUAAACAAACAAACUGAUGAGCUUACGAAACAAAUCAUUUUCAGUAAGAGUAACGAAUGCUAAAAAUAUAUAGAGUUUUUUGCUUUCAUUAUGUGGAAAUGCGUGUAUUUUGAAACAAAAGUUGCUGCACAUUAGGUGUAUAACCUGUUUUACAAUAGUAAUUAGCAAUUUUGUUCCCUCUACGUUGUAAGACUAUUAACGUCAAAUUAAAACUUCCAUAUCGAAAUGUCAAAGCACUCAAAUAAAAUUCCUCCCUUUUCCGAGGACAAAAAAAUUUA